CAGUCUUUUGAGUCGCACCUCAACUCGGGCGACGUUUAAGAGCGCUUCGCCCCAGUGCAUCUUGGGAAAAUCAGAGUCCCCUUUUCGGGAGGCGCAAAACCAAACCGACUGCUACUUACGUUGUGAGAGGAAUCAUUCCCUGGAUGUUAAAUGACUGCUGUCUUGCUACAGUGAAUGUACUAAGGAGAUCUGCUGAAGCAGGCUUAGACACCUUGUUCUGGUAUUUGUGGGACUGUAUGAUUUGUGAAGAUACAAGAGAUCCUGUACUGUUGGGUCCCUGAUAGCUCAGAAGCCAAGGCAUAGAUCACCUCUGAAGAAUCUAUAUGACAUGGAAAAGAGGAGAAUAAGGACAGAAGUCGAUCUCUAACUGUUAGCUAUGUCUAUUCGUGAGUCCUUUAAUCCCGAAAGUUAUGAACUCGAUAAAAGUUUUCGCCUCACCCGAUUCACUGAACUGAAGGGAAAUGGGUGCAAAGUGCCACAAGAUAUUUUACAGAAGCUACUUGAAACCCUUCAAGAAAAUCACUUUCAAGAAGAUGAACAGUUCCUAGCAGCUGUCAUGCCAAGACUAGGUAUCGGAAUGGAUACAUGUGUUAUUCCUCUAAGACAUGGUGGUCUUUCUCUGGUACAGACAACAGAUUACAUCUAUCCUAUUGUUGAUGACCCUUACAUGAUGGGUCGUAUAGCUUGUGCCAAUGUCCUAAGUGAUCUCUAUGCUAUGGGAGUAACCGAGUGUGACAACAUGCUAAUGCUUCUUGGAAUCAGUAAUAAGCUAACAGAAAAGGAGCGAGACAAGGUGAUGCCCUUAAUAAUUCAGGGCUUUAAGGAUGCAGCAGAGGAAGCAGGCACAUCAGUCACUGGUGGACAGACGGUAGUAAAUCCCUGGAUCGUUUUGGGUGGAGUAGCUACGACAGUCUGCCAGCCUAAUGAAUUCAUCAUGCCAGACAAUGCAGUGCCAGGAGAUGUCCUUGUUUUGACAAAACCCCUUGGAACACAGGUUGCUGUAGCAGUUCAUCAGUGGUUAGAUAUUCCUGAGAAAUGGAAUAAAAUCAAACUUGUUGUGACUCAAGAAGAUGUAGAGCUGGCAUACCAGGAGGCAAUGAUGAACAUGGCAAGGCUUAACAGAACAGCUGCUGGUUUAAUGCACACUUUUAAUGCACAUGCAGCUACAGAUAUAACAGGUUUUGGCAUUCUUGGGCAUGCACAGAAUUUGGCCAAACAGCAAAGAAAUGAGGUAUCAUUCGUUAUCCACAACCUUCCUGUCCUAGCCAAGAUGGCAGCUGUGAGCAAAGCCUGCGGAAAUAUGUUUGGUCUUAUGCAUGGGACCUGCCCUGAGACAUCAGGUGGUCUUCUGAUAUGUUUACCACGGGAACAGGCUGCACGAUUCUGUGCGGAGAUAAAAUCUCCUAAAUAUGGAGAGGGUCACCAAGCAUGGAUUAUUGGAAUUGUAGAGAAGGGGAACCGCACUGCCAGAAUAAUUGACAAGCCACGGAUAAUUGAAGUGGCACCGCAAGUUGCCACUCAGAAUGUGAACCCAACACCUGGUGCCACUUCUUAAUUUUGUAUAAAAUAUUUUUUUUUAACAUAGAUCUAUUCCAGGUCCAUCAUCCUACAAUAACUCUGCAAAAGUCCUAUGUGUCUGCCCAGUUGGCCCUAGGCCAGUUUAUGAGUGGAUGCAACUAAUAAAAAAGGAAAUCAUUGCCUUGUUUUUGUUUUCUGUUACAUUAACUGAAGAUGCACCUAAUUUUAAGGCAGCUUCUAUGUUGAAAAUAUUGUUAUCCAAUACUGUUGAUUCAUUUUGAAUCUUUAGACAACUUUGUCUCUUGCCGUUUAGGCUCUAAGGUGCUUUCACUUAGCACAGAUAUGAUAUUAUCAUCAGUUACAGCUAUACUUUUUUGUUUGUCCUCACUGUUGUAUGUAUAUUUAUCUGUACUAGACACCAUUUUGUAUGCCUUUGAAGACAAUGUGGGCAGACUGUCAUUCUGUAAGUGACACAACAGAAUAUAAUUCAAGAAGGAAAGCUGCAUGACUUUUCAGUUUUUUUCUAAGGUUUGUCAAGCAAUUCAUAACAAUUUAAUAUCUUUGAACUUAUUCCAUGUUACACUUUGUAAAACUGAUAAGUGCAGAGUUCUUACUGCAUAGAAAGUACAUCAACUGACAAAAAUGUAAGUUAACAGUUUGUAGGUUCCACAGUAUUUACUGAAAUAUCAAAUUACACCUGGUCGUUAGUCAAAGCAAAAGACAUUGCACAUGUGCUGUGUGAUUUGAUGAUCUUCAUAGCAAGGAAGCCAUUGCAGACCAACAUCAGAAGAGGAGACUAUAACAUCUCCUCAUCUAAAUUUGUGCUAAGGUUAACUAUACAAGAUUUUAAAUAUAAUCUAUUAUAAAUCCUGUUCUGUGGUUGGUAGUGUUUAAUACAUUUUAUAUUUUGUAUAGUGAUAUAUAAAAUUCUCAUUUCUUAAAAAGCAAGAAAAUAAUGGUUAACAUUAUUGCAUAGAAUUGUUUUCCCUUUACUUUGCUAAAAUGAAGUCUGCACGCUUUUGUGAUCCAUGUUUAAACACCAUAUUGCCAACAUUGCAGCUUGAUGUUAAACCUGUUAUCCCAAUAAAUAUUUAAUUUUUUUAAA